AUGGGGGGGCCGCGGCGCCUGCUGCUGGUCUCCAACUCCACCCUGCACGGAGGGGGGUACCUGGGCCACUGCCAGCAGCACAUCAAGAGCUUCCUCGGGGAGAAGGUGAAGCGGGUGCUGUUCGUUCCCUACGCCUUGCACGACCGAGAUGCCUACGCCCGGACCGCGAGGGAGAAGUUUGAAAGCUUGGGUUAUGGGCUGGACAGCAUUCAUGAAUCUUGUGAUCCAGUGGAAGCUGUAAGGAAAUCUGAAGCAAUAUUUAUCGGAGGUGGGAACACAUUCCGUCUCCUGAAAGCUCUCUACGACAACAGUCUGAUACAGGAGAUCAGGAAAAGAGUUCUUGAGGAUGGGAUUCCUUACAUGGGAUCCAGCGCAGGAACUAACGUUGCUACCGUCAGCAUCAAUACUACCAAUGACAUGCCAAUUGUUUAUCCACCUUCCCUGCAGGCCCUAGGUUUAGUUCCUUUUAACAUUAACCCCCACUACCUGGACCCAGAUGUUAAAAGCACUCACAUGGGUGAGACAAGAGAGGAAAGAAUUCGCCAAUAUCAUGAAGAACCAAACACCCCUCCAGUUCUGGGCUUGCGGGAAGGUGCGAUGCUGCUAGUGGAAGGAGACAAAGCCACCUUGCAAGGAGUGACAGGAGCACGUCUGUUUUUGAGGGGUAAAAAACCAACUGAACAUGAGCCUGGAACAGAUUUCAGUUUCCUCCUGACUGACAGUAAUCUCCAGAAUCUGUAGCCUUGCAUAUUCUGCAGCAAAAGUCACUAUAUGGGAAGACAAUGAAGAGGAAGGAAAGAGAUGCUUCUAGUCCCACGGUGGGUGGAGAACCUUGGCUUUAUAAAUAAAUAUGCAUUAGUGGGCUCUUUUCCCAAUCCUAAUUCAGGUCUCGGACAUCUCUCCUUCCCAGCUAAAAGACAAUUUUUAUUGCACUACUUGAGUAGUCAUAGCUAUUCUUAGUCCAAAAGGGUCUGUACAUUCAUGUAUCCACUUUGAUUCCUUCCCCACCAAAAAAAAGUUACUUUAGCACAAUUAAGACAGGACACCGAGUCAGCUGUUCCUGCUGCCUACCUGUACUUGCUAAAUGAAAGAAUUGUUUGUUUAGUGUACUCCCACACUAUUAGUUUCAUUUUUGCGCUGUUAAUAAAGUGAGAAGUUAUGCAUUCAAUUACUUUUAUUUGCUUCAGACUCAUUUUAAAUAUAUACAAUGCUAAUUAUGUACAAAAGUGUGCAAGUU